AUGAAUAGGAAACCGGGCAGCAAUGGGUCUAGUUCUCAGGGUCAGAGUACUACGCCUCUAAGUCAUUAUUCAGGGGACGACUAUUUGUCACAGGGCGAAGAAGUGUUUGAUGGUAAUGAUAUUGAAAAUAACGAAGGUAAAAUUUAUGAAGAGUCUCUUGAUUUGGACCUUACAAACGGAGAUAGACGUAUAUGGCUAGUGCGUCUUCCCAAGUUUCUUGCAGUAAAGUGGAGGGACCCUAAUAACCUAAAUGGACAAGAAUUAGGAAAGAUUACCAUUAAUAAGGCUGAUCAUUCCAUCCGUCUGGUUCUAAAUAAUGAACCAGAGAACGAGGAGAUCCCACACGAAUACGAUUUACAGCUAACCAAGAAACAAGUACAGAACGAGUAUAUAUUCACGGAGCAGAACCUUAAGAAGUAUCAACAAAGAGAACAGGAACUGGCUGCUGAUCCCGAAAAGCAGAAACAGGCCUUCAUUAGGAAGCAAGAGCGUGAGGAGGAGCUGAGAAAGCGCCAGCAGCAAAUGCGCCGCCGCUACAAUAGCAAACGUAAGUUCCAAAACCGUGUCAUGACAGACAGAGACGGUCGCGACCGCUACAUCCCUUAUGUGAAAACCAUUCCCAAGAAAACUGCUAUUACCGGUACAAUUUGCCACGAGUGCCAGCUUAUUCCGUCAAUCGAUGACCCUAACUAUCAUAAGAUUGUUGAGCAGCGAAGACAGAUCGUGCGCAAUGUGAAUAAGCCAACCGUCACAGUGCUAGAUCAAGCGCCAGGUGUAACCAUGAGCAAUGCAGGCCUUUCAAUGAGAUCCGACAGCUCCAAGUUCCUCAAGGUCGGCAAGGAAAGGAAGAACAACCAGCGUGCUAUACGUAUUCCAAAGAAGGAGCUUCUCGAUUACCUAUUCAAGUUGUUUGACGAGUACGAUUAUUGGUCACUAAAAGGUCUAAAGGAACGUACAAGACAGCCAGAAGCAUAUUUAAAGGAGUCGUUAGACCAGGUUGCCCUUCUUGUCAAGAAGGGCCCAUACGCCCUAAAAUACACGUUGAAGACAGAAUACAAGAAGCUAAAAGAAGCCGAAAGAGCAGCAAGGCUUGGAGAGCUUGCCGGUAACGACGACGGCGAUAGCCAGAACCCUGAGAAUCUCGACGAUGAUAACGAGGACAUGGAAGAUGAUGUCGAGAUGGAGGAUGUCUUGUAA